AUGCUACAACAAGCCUUCUCAAGCAAGACUCCGAACCGAACCCGAAAACUAGCAAAGAGUAAAAGACCUACAAAAACAAUACGAGAUCAGCGUCAGGAGCAGGAGUGCAAGCAAGAACAGGAUAUCCACCAAGAGCAGGAACAGGGACAGGAGCAUGUCCUCGACCAGGAAGAGCAGCAAGCAGAGAUACCGACGACACAGAGCAGCCACAAAGAUCCGGUUUUGUUUAUUGCGAACUUCUAG